UCCAUCGCUCAGUAUAUAAAGCAGGACAACGACGGAAGGAGGACGGCUGGGGAGUCGCAGCCCGGGAUUGUAAAUAAGACCGCUGAAACUGUGUUUUAUUUACAAAAGUGAUGCCGGCUGUUUUAAAUUAUCGUUCCCAGUUGUUUUAAGUCGUUUUUCGUAAUUUUUGGCUCUGUCUCUCGCUUAUUUCCGUGUGGUUUUUACACUACGCGUAUAAUGGCGAGCUCGGCUAACUCGAACCCAGUGCCUAAACUAUACAAGUCUGUGAUUGAAGAUGUGAUCAAUGAGGUACGAGAGCUGUUUCUGGACGAAGGAGUGGACGAGCAAGUUCUUCUGGAGCUGAAAACGCUAUGGGAGAACAAACUGUUGCAGUCCAAGGCAGUGGAGGGCUUCCAUACAGAGGAGCAGGCAGCCCUGCAGGCCGCCCAUCAGCAGCAGCAGGUUCAGCAGGUCCAACAGGUGCAGCAGGUCCAGCAGGUGACCCAACCUGCACAGGCCCAGCAAGUCAUCCUGCCUCCCCAGCAACAGCAAGCUCCCCAGCAGCAAGUCAUUGUUCAGGAUUCUAAGAUUCUUCAGCACAUGAGUGCAACGGGGAUGAGUGCAGCAGCUACUGCAGCAACCCUUGCUUUGCCCACAGGGGUCACCCCAUACCAACAGCUCAUCACCAGCCAAGGUCAGAUCCUGCAGGUGGUCCGUGCUGCUAACGGGGCUCAGUAUAUCAUCCAGCAGCCUCAGCAGCAGAUCCUCCUGCAGCAGCAGAUGCAGCCUGGCGGCGUGCAGGCACCGGUCAUACAACAGGUUCUGGCUCCUCUACAGGGAGGCUUGCCCCAGCAAACAGGAGUCAUCAUACAGCCGCAGCAGAUCGUCUUAGCUCCAGGAAACAAAGUCCAAGGCAAUACACAGGUGAUGCAGGCAGCAGCGAUGGCGCCACAGCCUGGUCAAGCAGCAACAGCAGCUCAGGUGCAGCAGGUCCAGCAGGCCCAGGGAGCAGCUGCUCCACAGGCCCCACAGCAAGCCCAGCAGCAGGCCCAGCCCCAGGCCCAGGCACAGCAGCCUCCCAUGAUGCUGCAGGUGGACGGAGCCGGAGACACCUCCUCAGAGGAAGACGAGGACGAGGAGGAGGAAUAUGAUGAAGAUGACGAGGAGGAGAAAGACAAGGAUGGCGGAGAGGACGGGCAGGUUGAAGAGGAGCCACUGAACAGUGGAGACGACGUCAGCGACGAAGAGGACCAGGAGCUGUUUGACACAGAGAAUGUAGUGGUGUGCCAGUAUGACAAGAUUCACAGAAGUAAGAACAAAUGGAAAUUCCACCUGAAGGACGGGAUCAUGACUCUGAACGGGAGAGACUAUGUCUUCUCCAAAGCCAUCGGGGAUGCCGAGUGGUGAAGUAGAAGCACCAGGAGCAGGAACUCUGUAACUCCUUCUAUCCAGUUAACAGACACUUCAGCGUCCUUCCAUAUCCUGUGACUGGAUUCAUUCAGGAAACAACUUCUGAGUCUCUGAGAACUCUGACAAACCCAAAGGACUGUGAGGUACUGUACAAACCCUGGGAGUCGGCAGAAACACUCGACUAGCCUUGCGGGAUGAGAAACCUACAGGGGAAGGGAAAGCCCGUGAACAGAGCAUUGUUUCUCUUUGGUUUUUUUUCUUCUUCUUCCAGGCUUGUCUGCCUUUUUUUCCCCUGAGAGAAUUCACAUACUUUGGAAAGUAAGCAUUUCACACCAUGCAGAUGUAGUGGACCAGGCUGACCUGACCUUCCCCGACACAGGAGCUCAGAGGUCGUUCAUGAUAACCCCGUAGAUGAUAAACACCUUUAAAAUGCACUGUAGUCGGUUGACUGGAUUGACUCGUGUCUACGUUUAAGUCCAAACUUAGUGCCACCAGUCAAGAUCGCUGCCUUUAGAAUGACCGGAAUCACCUUUUUGCUUCUGAUUUUUGUUCUCAAAUCAUAAUUGUCUCACUUCAUGUUUAUAAAAUGGUGCUCCAGAGUGUUUCAUGUAGUUAACCUAUGAUUGUUUUAAACAUUUUUUAAAUGUGUUUAAUGAAGGCUUGAGGAAAAAGAAGGUGAAAUUACAUUAAUCCUAAUUUAAUAGUAACACAGAAGCGCUUUUUUAAUUGUCUAAGCAGCGCCAUAUCCAAAAAUUUUUAUUUUUCCCCCCCCCCUCAUUGGCUUAUCUGGAGCUUCAUUCCAUCUUUAUCCUAAAAUCAUUAAAAAAAUACACUGAAUUCAUUUAAGAAUUGUACAAAAUGUACUGUUGGUGUAUCUCCUUUGCUCUUUAUUUUAGUUCUCUGCAGCCGUCUGAAAAUUUGCACUGUCUGUUUAUCGAUGUGUUGUGAACUCAGUCAGUCCAGUUAAUCAGUAGCCACAGCAUUCUCUGUUCUGUGUGUGAGAGUGUGUGUGUGUCUGACAAUGACUGACUGUACAGGCACGAGUGUGUGUGUUUGCCAUCACCGCUUUUUUUUUUUUCCCCCACCUGGAAAUGUAUGAGUUUAUUUCUCUUGCACACCCCAUAAUCUCAUAAUGUCAGUUAGAACAGAACAGUGAGGGCGGUGUCUUCUUUUUUUCUUUUUUUUUUUCUUUCUUUCUUCUAUUUAUUCCUGAAAAUGUUCUAUUUUUUGCAAAGGUUGGAAAGCCGCACCAAACUGUGCUCUUAUAAUCUAAUAAGUGUUCCUUUAUUUCUUUUUUCUUCUUCUGUUGGCUGGACAAAAAAAAAAAGCGACAUAAAUAAUGCUGUGUUCCAAAUCAUUUCGUCCACCGUACGUUCUCCUGUGCUUUCAUUUUAUUCAUGAAUUUUAAAAAUGAGAAUAUUUUCUAUCCAAGUGAGUUUAACUCGAAACAAAAGGGGCCUGUGUGUUUCUCUGCUGUUUGUUUUUAGUGCCCCUUGUUGCAGCAAUUUGAAAUAAAGUUAUACGUGUUUUUUGACUGUCGUGUCGGUUGGCUCUGUAGAGUAGUUUGCUUUUUAAAGACACCACAUUACCACAGAGGAAGCGAUGGCGUGGGGCGGAUAUAGAAACAAGAAGUGACAGAUAAUUUACUUUUUCUUUACGUUUUCACCCACAUGAUCAAGUGAAGUGUCCAUAAAUGAGGUGCUUACACAGACGAUGGCGCCAAAUGAAGAGUUUUACAAAACAUUUCAAGUAGAGCGUCACUUUAAGAACAAAACCUUUAUCUUUCAGGACAGCAUUCAGUAGCUCAGUCACUAAAAAUCCAACAUGCCCACGUAUUUCUUUGUUCGUUUCCGUAUCUCUGGAUGUCGUGUGUGCCUUUUUGAACUUUGGUUCGGUUUUUUCGGUCUUCACAAACGAUGGAAUGAAGUCUAUUAAACUGUAUUCUCUGCUUCCUA